AGAAGGAUAUAGCCUAAUUCGUGAACUGAGGUGUCGACGGUCACGAGCCCAGCCGGCGCUGCGGACAAUCUUAAGUAGUCCUCACACAUUCAUGUUAGGGUAUUAUCAACUUCUUUUAGAAAUUGCUAUAGAUUCAGAACGAGGAGCCGUAAAGAGGUUGGAAGCGAUGGAGAGUUGUCGAGAUUUUGUUGACUGGUUGGGGCCGGACGCGUCUUCCAGCGUGUUCAUACUUCUCGACAAUCCCACGGAUCUCAUGAGCGUCAGCGCGGUUUCCCGAUCAUGGCGGAGGCUCGUUAUUGCAAACCGUUUUUGCAAAGCCCUAUGCUUCAGAAUGUGCCCUGAGUUUUCAAAUCUUACAUUUGUGGUGGAAGCCUGCUCUGCGCUAACUUCAGAAGCUGGCUCUAGUUCUUGUGCAGAGUGGAAGAACUUAGAAAGAGAGCAUAGAGUGUAUUCCUAUUUAAGCCGCUCCAUUACUUCAGUUGUUAGAAAAAGAGAUUGCAUUUUUAGGGCAAUUCGUGCUUCUAGCACUGAUAACUUUCCAAUCGAGAGCAUAGAAAAUACAUUGGUACCAAGUAAUCACGUGGGCAUGAGGUCCUCCUAUUGGUCAAGUGAGGGACAAAGCGAUCCCGAAGUUCCUGAGACAUUAACAUACAGGUUGCUUUCCGAGUUAUGCGUUGUUAAUGAAAUAUUGAUACAGCCUUUUGAAGCAUACUUUCAGCCUGAAAACCCAAUUUAUUCAGCAAAAACUGUUCGGUUUCGGAUGGGUCAUUCUCGGUUACCUCUUGAAACUUCUAUAGGAAUACAAGGUGAAGCUUCUGCUGAUAAUAACUAUGAGUGGACGUAUAUUUCACCAGAAUUUCACAUGUUGCAGGAAAAUACCUUGCAAUCUUUCAAGCUUCCACGCCCAGCUGUUUGUGUUGGUGGAAUAUUGCAAAUUGAGUUGUUGGGUAGGGUUCAAGUGCAACAGUCGGAUGGCUUAUACUAUAUAUGUGUGUGCCACGUUAAAGUACUCGGCCACUCUCUUAAAACACGACACUUUGAUGUUGAUUUCAUCAAAGCUAGCCGUGAAAUGGUUCUAACAUGGCGACCUGAAGCUGAGGACUGCUCUUCAGAUGAUUCAGAGGCUCAGGAUUCUCCAGUUGGGCAUGUAACAUGUGUUACGAGCCGCACGGCCAUGGCACCUCCCCUUUCUGAAUACUUUCUUGGUGUAGCAGAAAGCACCUCAGAUGACGAGCCACUGCUGUAGAAUGCUUACUGUAUAUGAUUGCUCCUUUAAGUUUUGUUUGGGACUACUUUUUGCUUCUUAAAACAGCUUUCUAGUACAAAAAUUGUACUAAAAAGCUGUUUUAAAAAAAAAUAAAAAAAAGGGUCUCAAAUGAAGCCUUAGGCUAAUGGAGCUUUCUGCCAGAUUCUGAGGUGAAAAUUGCUUUCAGUGUGUUGGAUCAGCCAUCAGCGUGAGCUUACUUAUCUCCUCUUCUGCAUGUUGGUCUUUUACCUUGUUCCUUUAAUCUUUACAUACAUAUUGAUUGAUAUUCAACCAUAUUAUUACAUAUAUUUUUCAGUUUCUUUGUUUUUUUUUUUAAGUUUAUGUGAAAACCAUCAAUCUUUCAACACAUGGAUGUUACCUUUGAAUUCUA